UUUAUUAAAUGAUAGACGAGUGAAGCUGUGAUUAAAAUUCAAGUACAUUAGUUUUAAAAACAACUGCAUGCCUGCAUUUGUAUUCCAACAAGGUCUAUAGAAGUUAUUAUAUUUUAAACCUUAUUUUGAAAUACUAGAAUAUUUUUGUGGUGGCAAGAAUGGUGAAAAAAUAAAGACCCACUUACAACCUUACAACACCCCAAUAACCCGAAAACUGACAGUGACAGUUACCAUCUUAUUUUUGGGAUGUUUUAGCUCAAAUAAAAAGAAAAAAUGAUCUUUUGUGACCGAUUUUAGAGUGUAUCGAUAUUGAAAAUAGUUGAGUUAUGUCUACAAGAUCACAACUCACCAAGGAUUUAAACGAGAGUAUUAAAUCCUCAGUGGGCAACAAAGUCAAAAUCCUCUUUAAAAAUGUCGUUCGUUUGGAGACUAAGGGAGAUAAGACUGAAAAUAGGGUGCUGGUAUUUUCGCCGUAUCGAAUCCUGCUGCUCACGGCUAAAGUCCCGACAAAGGUCGACUGUCACUUCCAUUAUCUCGAAAUCCAAGCCCUGGAGAGCAAAAGAGGAAACCAUCUGAGCCUUACGAUCAACGACAAGGUUUACUCGUUUUUGACUGGUGAAGAUUCGACAUGCAGUACAGAGGUGGACAAUAUGAUAGGCGCUUUGAACAACGCAAUUAGAAAUAUAUUUCCUACGAUGCCAUUACAACAUAUUAUUAGAAAGAUUGAAGUUAUACCCAGUACUAGAUUACAGCAAUUAAGGGACUUAGAGGCAAUAGCUAGCAGUCGUAGAGAAGUAGGACCCUGUGGUGGUUUUUCAGCUCAAUACGCCUGCUACUGCGAUUACCACGGCAUGACUUAUAGAGAUGAAGUUGCUUGGGACAUAGACAAUAUUUAUUUUUCCCUCAACACCAGAGAACUAAAUUUAAAGGAUUUCGAAUAUUUUGAUCAAAAAGACUUAGUACCUAUAAUAAGUGCGUUAGAAUAUAAUACGUGGUUUACGAAAUUAAGGGCGAAUCAAGUUAAGCUGUCUCACGAUAAUAUUGACAGAAUACUGUACAUGUUGAAGAAAUCGUUGAAUUUGGAAGAAUUGUUUUUGGAUAACUUGGGUUUGAAGUCGGAUUUUGUCAAUAAACUAUCAAACACACUCAAAGUCAAUCCAGAUUCAGCCCUACAUACGAUUGACUUAUCUUUUAAUCCAAUCGAAGAUAAAGGUGCUACAUAUUUAGGGCAAUGUAUAAACAGGCUAAGUAAAGGAAUAGUUCACAUAAACGUUUCCCACUGCGGCUUAAGUUCUAAAGGCGUCAACAAUAUCUCAAAUGCAAUUUGUUCAAACUCUAGCAAUUUAAAUAGUUUGACGUAUUUAAAUCUUAGUGGUAACAAUCUUAAAGACGAUAUAAGCCAAUUACAGAAUUUGUUCUCCCAAGCCAACGCACUGCAGUACAUCGAUAUAUCGUCUACAGAUAUAAUUCUCGAAAAUCUUUUUGGUGCUCUAGUGAAAGGAUGCACUACGAACUUGGUGCAUUUAAAUGUAUCCCGUAAUCCGUUUAGUAGUAAGAAAAGCAAGGAAGCUCCUAUUUCAUUCAAACAAUUUUUUAGUACUACUCUUAAUUUGAAGUAUCUUAACAUGUCUCAUUGCAAAUUACCCCAAGAAGCACUAAAAAAUUUACUGUUGGGCCUAGCAUGUAACGAAUUUACCAAAGAAAUGAGCCUAGAUAUAAGUAAUAACGGAUUGGGUAGUCAGGGUGCUCACGUUUUGGAAUCAUGUGUUCACGGAGUUAGGUGUAUUUCUAGUCUUGAUAUUUCCGAUAACAAUAUGGAUUCGGAUUUAUGUAAUGUAGUCUUAGCCAUAAGUAAGAAUAGGUCUUUAAAACACUUGAAUAUGGGACGUAGCAUGAAGAAACAUAUGGGCCUCAUCAUGGAAUCCGUUGUUCAGAUUAUACAGGAGGAUGAGUGUAUUUUACAGAGUUUAAUUAUUCCAGAUUGUAGGUUAAGGUCGGAUAUGUUCAACCUGUUAAAUGCUCUAGGUGAUAAUAAAUCUUUAGAGAUAUUAGAUAUUAGUGGAAAUAUAAUCGGCGACUCUGGUGCUCGACUGCUGGCCAAAGCACUGCAAAUCAAUAGCAAGUUAAAAACAAUUAUUUUAGAUAGAAACAAUAUUACUUUACAAGGGUAUAAUGAUUUAGCAUAUGCCCUAGAAAGUAACAGAACUUUACAAUAUAUUCCUUUUCCAAUAUUUGACGUGGCUCCAUGUAUGAAAGCUUCGGCGGAAAGAACUGACGUUAUAAUGCGAAAAAUUCAGGAUUUGUUAAACAGAAACGUUUGUUACAAUAAACAAAGUACAAAACAUACUUCUUUACAACCAGGAUUUUUGUUGUGUUCAAAACAGCAAGCUUUGGAGAGAUUAGUUACACAAACUCAGGAGGCUAUCAAAUCGCUCGCCAAUGACACUAUAUCAUCAAAUAAUGAUAUAAAUCACGCCAAUGAUGUAAUACAAGAUGCAGAGAACUGCAAACAACUGCUAGUCAGGUUGCAAGAAGUAGCUCAGCACCGUAAUGAUAAGCAUCCUGUUGAAGAAAAACUUCAACAGGUGUCGAAAGAAAUUUUUACAGCUGUUUGUGAUAGUAUACAGGUAAUAAUUGAUAAAAUGUUAAAAACUUGCAAAGAACAAUGUCCGUAUGUAUUAAGAAAUGAACAAACCGUUCAGGAAAUUAAAAAUGAAUGUAAGAAAAAGAAGCAAAUACCAAUAGAUUUCGUGACUAGCUGUAUAAAACAUCAAGCAGGUGUUGAUAUAAUGAAUAGGUUGAGAGAAAUAAACUUGAUGGUUGCUUCUCAACUUUCCGAGCAAAUCACCGAUGAAGUUUACGAAGCUUUAAUGCAAAGCUACAAGAUUUUAGUCGGUGACGAGAGUGCCAUUCGAAUUGAUUCGCCUCCGCGAAGAUCCAGACUUAGUAGUACCGAUAGUUCUAGGCAUGGAGCCAGUGAUAUUUCUAUUACAGAUAGUGCCAGUCACAUUAGUGAUCAUUCACCUAUGGCUACACCUCACUUGUCUAUAAAACGCAAGAGUGUUCAUAAUCGCAAAUUAAGGCCUAAAUCUGUAGUGGACAGUGUUGAAGGCCUGUCAGCUGACGAUAUACCAAGUCUUUUACCUUCGUUGCCCAGAAACAGCGAAGAGGAAGACUCAGUAACAGAGUUGCCAAAUGCUAGUCACCAUUUGCAACACUUAGUGAAAGGUAUUUUCUUGAAUAAAGGUCGACCUAGAAGAGCUAAAACUAGAGCUCCAACUAGACCUGUAGUUAAACCUCCCGAUGUUGCCGAUUUGGUAUCACAGGAUUUGGUGGAGGGUUUAGACACAUUUUUCCGUCCGGGGUCCGUAACUCCCACAUCCGACGACUGUCACUCGUUCCAUCUGGAUGGCAGUCCGAAUCACGAGUUUGCGUCUCCUGUUUUAAGCGACGAUCGCAAAACGCCCAAACUUAGUCGUAAUUCCCCUCUACUAAAAGGCUUAAUGACUCCGACGCCUAGGUCCCGUUCCACGGAUAAUUUGGAGAAGUGUUCGCCAUCUUUGGUGAGGAAAAACACCGGUGAUUCCCCUCUUAGUCGACGAUUAACAGGUGAUAGCUUAAUAAGCCAAGAAAGCAGCGAGGGAAGUUUGGCAGCUGAAGCGACCUUUGAUCAUUCCCCAAGCAGCACAUUAUCGAAACGCGUAUCUCCAGAUAGCUUUAAAGUUCUUUUAGAAAAUUCCGACCCUUCCAAGCAGCUAAAACUGAAACCAUCACCGGCCGUAGCUCAGAAACCCAGGCCUUGGUCUAUGGUGAACAACACCGAGUCUAAAUCCACCGAUCUGGGUCUUCUGAGCGACGGUUCUUCGCCUAAUAAUUCGACCGGGAAUACUCCUGAUUCUGCUGAGGCUUUGGAUAGCUCAGAAUCCAGCUCUAUUGAUAGGAGAAUUGCAAAAGAUAUUAAAUUGAAAAGAGGGGGGGAUAAUAACUAAGCCAGGCCAGUCUUCUAAUGCCAGUCAAGAUAGGAGAGAUAGCAAUUUUAACUGUAGGACAAAGGAGGAUGCACAUAUUGUUAGAUAAAUUUAUAGUCUCAUUUCUUUGGUUCUUUUGAUUAAUAACAUGAAACAGAACAAUUUAAAAAGAAAUACAAGAUGUAAUUGUUGUUUAAAGGAAAAUAACCAGGAAUUAAAUUAAAAAUAGUCAGUUGUGUGUUAAUUGUGGAGUUACUCAAGAUUUUCCAUUAAUAUUUAGAGCUUAGGUAUAGCUUUUUAAGAAAACGAAACAAAAAUACUCCUUGUAUUUUUAUUACCUUGGCUUUAUAUUAGUCAUUUAUUUUCUGAUGAAAAAUGUUUAAAUUUCGUAGUCAGACUUAAAACUUACUCAUUGAUUGUUUUAUAAAAGAAAAAUAUAAUGUGUGAGUUUUUAGCCAGUGAUAGUUUUUUUACUUGACUGCCAAAAAAAGUUCGCUAGCCAAAAGGUGAUGGUUUUCUAAACAGUGACCCUUUUUGAGAUAUACAUUUUAAAAAUUGACUUUUGAAGUUGUUUAUUAACUUUCAAAUUUAAUGACUUGUGCAAUAGAUUUUUAGGAGCACAAUUAAAAGUUCUAUACUUAGAGAACGAUUAAUUAUAAUGAUAAUCACUGGUAGAGUAAAUUCUGGUAUGUAUAGUUCUCGUGUCUUCUUUUUCCAUGUGAUUUUACUCAUAGACUGAACAAGAACUUUUAAGAUUCCAUUCCAAAACCUACAGAAAUCAAACGAAAAAGAUUUUUUUUUUUAUAAUAAAGGUUAUUUAUUAUUUUAAAAAUAACUGUAUUUUUUUCUCAUUUCAUUUUUUAUAAACCUUCUGAUAAAAAUUAUAUAAAAGUAUAUAUUAUAGAUUUUUUUGAUAUUAUAUUUGAUUUUAUUUGUGAUAAAAAUGUUUUUUUUUAAUAUAUGUGAAAUUUGAACUGAAAAAGUUACACUUCUGUAUAUAGAAAAUUAUUUUAUAUUUACUUUUUCUUAUACAGGCUCAUGGGCGUCAUAAUGCUUUAGUAUUUAAUCAAAUUUAAGAAGUUCAAAAUUAUUACAAAAUCAAAAAUUCUCUCUAAAAGCAUUAUGAGUUUAUGACUUGCUUUAUUAUCAAAUACUUUAUGGUAAUUAUUUAUAUCUUAGACUUUAUAUAUUUUUUUACACUGAGUAUAUAUCUUUUUUAACUAUGCUUCCAUUUAUAGUUACUAACUGUUCUUUUUAUACGUAAAAUAAAAUUAUACCUUACUU